UCACCCUGUAGGAUUUGGCCAUAAGGCUUUGUCAUAGGGUUUUGGGGAUGUUUUCCAAGUGCUGGUCACGUGACUUGCUGUUACUAAUAUACCCUGCUGCCACCACCGUAGCGUUGUAGAACUAAGCCAGUAAGCGUUUCCAAGGAAUCGUGAGAAUGGCUGGUUCAAAUACCUCAAAUGGGAAAUUACCCAAAAAAAUGUCGUGUUUUAUUUGCGGCAACAUAUACCAAGACGAGAACAGACGAGUUGGUCUGUUUCAUGUACCGAAGAAGAACUUUUCCAGUUGGAAAUUUGUGCUACCUGAAUUGUUGGAAAAAUCAAGACUUUGUGACAUCCAUUUUGACAAAUGUGAUGUAUUGAAAGGAAUCACAGUUGGUAAGGACUUUUAUCCAUAUGACAGAUGGAGAUUGCUUCCCUCAGCAAUACCAAAACAUUUACUGGUAAAACAAAGUGCAGCUGCCAGUCGCACUCAAAGUCGCACACCUUUGAAAGACAUUUUUAGUGUGAACCACACAGGGAAUCAACCUACGAACUACUUUCCACCAAAAAACGUAAUAGUAAAGGAUCUACAUCAAUAUCACAGACUCCAGAAAACAAGAUAGCAAUGGAUGAAGAUGAAGAACAUUCUAUUGUAGGAUGUGCUAUCGAGAACACUCCAGAAAACAAGAUAGCAAUGGAUGAAGAUGAAGAACAUUCUAUUGUAGGAUGUGCUAUCGAGAACACUCCAGAAAACAAGAUAGCAAUGGAUGAAGAUGAAGAACAUUCUAUUGUAGGAUGUGCUAUCGAGAACACUCUAGAAAACAAGAUAGCAAUGGAUGAAGAUGAAGAACAUUCUAUUGUAGGAUGUGCUAUCGAGAACACUCCAGAAAACAAGAUAGCAAUGGAUGAAGAUGAAGAACAUUCUAUUGUAGGAUGUGCUAUCGAGAACACUCCAGAAAACAAGAUAGCAAUGGAUGAAGAUGAAGAACAUUCUAUUGUAGGAUGUGCUAUCAAGAAAAGUAAUGCACCUGAAAAAAUUCCCUAAAAGCAAUUUCAUAGAGAAUGACAAAGAUGGCAUGGCAGAUUUUAUUUUCAAAAAACAUACGAAAAAGAAAUGUCAAAUAAGACUGCCUACGAAUUGCAAAACAUGCCAAAUGGAAAAAACUGGUCAGUGCUCAUCCUGUGCUAUUGUGGAGCUUAAACAGCAAGUCAGAGAGAAAGACAAACAAC